CACAAACCCGGCGGAGCUGUGACAGGGAAUCGGUGUGCAGUGAGCGCCGCGGGGAAAGAUGAACGCGGAACGGGACCUGUCCCCCCUCACCCCAAACAUCGUGCGCGCCCUCAAUGACAAGAUGUAUGAGAAGCGCAAGGUGGCGGCCCUGGAGAUAGAGAAGCUUGUACGGGAGUUUGUGUCACAGAACAACACUGCACAGAUCAAGCACGUGAUCCAGAUUCUGUCACAGGAGUUUGCUCUUUCUCAGCAUCCCCACAGCAGGAAAGGAGGCCUUAUUGGACUGGCAGCUUGUUCAAUAGCCCUGGGCAAGGACUCUGGCCAGUAUCUCAGGGAGCUUAUAGAACCAGUGCUUACCUGUUUCAAUGACGCUGACAGCCGGCUGAGGUAUUAUGCCUGUGAGGCCCUCUACAACAUUGUCAAAGUGGCUCGGGGAUCUGUCCUUCCUCACUUCAACGUUCUCUUUGAUGGACUCAGCAAGCUUGCUGCUGACCCUGACCCAAAUGUUAAGAGCGGCUCAGAGUUGCUGGACCGUCUGUUGAAGGACAUUGUAACUGAAAGCAGCAAAUUUGACCUGGUUGGCUUCGUCCCGCUUCUUAGAGAGAGAAUCUAUUCAAACAACCAAUAUGCUCGACAGUUUAUUAUUUCUUGGAUCCUGGUGCUGGAGUCUGUUCCUGACAUCAAUCUGCUGGAUUAUUUACCUGAGAUUUUAGAUGGCCUCUUCCAGAUUCUCGGAGAUAACAGCAAAGAAAUUAGAAAGAUGUGUGAAGUGUCACUUGGAGAGUUCUUGAAGGAGAUCAAAAAGUUACCAGACAGUGUUAAAUUUGCUGAAAUGGCUAACAUUCUGGUGAUCCAUUGCCAGUCAACUGAUGAUCUUAUUCAGUUAACCGCCAUGACAUGGAUGAGAGAGUUCUUACAGUUGGCUGGUCGUGUGAUGCUGCCAUAUUCCUCAGGGAUACUUACUGCCGUUCUGCCCUGCCUCUCCUAUGAUGACCGCAAGAAGAACAUCAAAGAGGUGGCAAAUGUGUGUAACCAGUGCCUUAUGAAACUGAUUACUCCAGAGGACGAUGAAACAGACGAAGUAAGACAGUCUCCUGCCACUCAGCCAGAUGAGGACUUUUCUUCAAACCAUGAGAAUAGCAGCCAACAUACCACCUAUAACAGAACUCUUCCUUCUGCUCCUGACUCCAGCCUUGACAAUGCCAACAUCUUUGCUCCAAGCAGUAUGAAUACUGGCCCUGUCUCCCUUAAUCUUGAUGGGAUAGUUCAUGUGUUAGAUCGGCACCUUCAUGAGUCUACCACUGGGAUGAUGACUAGAAUCUGCGUGCUGAAGUGGCUGUAUCACCUUUACAUCAAGACACCCCGCAAGAUGUUCCGUCACACAGACAGCCUGUUCCCUAUCUUACUGAAGACACUCUCUGAUGAGUCUGAUGAGGUCAUCUUAAAAGAUUUGGAAGUUCUGGCAGAAAUAGCCUCUUCUCCCGCUGGACAGACAGACAUAGUGACUGACUGUAAUGACCUCCCCACUGGAAUGUCAGAGCUUCAUGUACCGGUCCCAACCAAAGUGACCCAAGCGCACGGUUCUGUGAUCCGGGGUCUGGAGUGCUCACCAUCAACACCUACUAUGAAUUCUUAUUUCCACCGCUUUAUGGUUAACUUGCUAAAACGAUUCAGCAAUGAGAGGAAGCUACUGGAAAUUAGAGGGGCCUUCAUCAUCAGGCAACUCUGUCUCCUCCUGAAUGCAGAGAACAUUUUCCAUUCCAUGGCUGAUAUACUGCUGAGGGAAGAAGAUUUAAAGUUUGCCUCCACCAUGGUACAGAAUUUAAACAGCAUCCUCCUGACUUCCUCAGAACUGUUUCAGCUCCGCAGCCAGCUCAAGGACUUGCAGACACCUGAGAGUUGCAAUCUUUUCUGCUGCCUUUACCGCUCCUGGUGUCACAAUCCCGUGGCCACAGUGUCUCUUUGUUUUCUCACUCAGAACUAUCAGCAUGCAUACAACCUCAUCCAAAAGUUUGGAGACCUUGAGGUAACAGUGGAUUUCCUGACUGAAGUUGACAAGCUGGUGCAGCUAAUAGAAUGCCCAAUAUUUACAUAUCUCCGAUUGCAGCUGCUGGAUGUGGAGAAUAAUCCCUACUUGAUCAGAGCCUUAUACGGCCUACUUAUGCUCCUCCCCCAGAGUAGCGCAUUUCAGCUUCUCUCCCAUAGACUGCAGUGUGUCCCCAACCCUCAGCUUAUGAGACCUGGGCACAAACAAGAAGAAUCCUCAAGAGCACCCAAGGAAGAUCCCGCAAGAAUAGAUUAUGUCGAGCUGCUGCAACACUUUGAGAAGGUUCAGAACAAACACUUAGAAAUACGGCACCAGCGUUCAGGCGCGGGGGAGUUACUAGAACGAAGGCUUGUGCAGUGAUCCUGCUGAAGAACCUGCACUGGCUCCUAAUGGCACAGAGGCUUAUUGACUUGGCCCUAGAUUCUAAAGGUUUCCAUGCUUAAACCCACACUCCUGACCUAUCAGCCCCUGAUCUUUCAGAGCCCUCAGCACAGCACAAGCUUUCAGCCAGGAUGUCUGUUACAGGAAGGUCCAGUCUGCAGAAGGAUAAGACUGAAAUACUACACAAUAUAUUCAAGUAUUAUUUGAAACAUUUAAUUUGCAGGAUCUUGAAUUGUUUCAGAUAUAAUGAUUGUGGCAUUAACAAGGCUUUGAUCGGCACUAUCUUACUUUGAUUUAUAAGAAAUUCUACAGUUAGUUGGCUACCUAUUUACCUGUAAAGUUAUCAUCUGUAUAAAAAAAAAAAAGUCUUUGUUGCAUCAGCUUUCAGAUCUAGUCAGUACUGAGCAGGUAUCCAAAUGUUGUUUAUGUGAUAAAAGAACCCCAAGGUUCUUCCCGGCAAUAAAACAGACUGGAAAUCCA